GGACUCGAAGUCGUGAGGAUUCAUGCGUUCUUCUCAUUCAUUUAUGGAGGAAAGACUUACCCGUGUGCUGUCGUGCGCUGGUUUAAUAUCAUUGGAGACAUGCCCGAUGAAGAUACUGGCAUGUGGAUGGUCCAUCCGGCCUGCGGCACCAACAAUGCACCUCUCUACAACAUUAUACAUGUCGAUUCAAUCUAUUGUGCGGCUCACCUCAUUCCCGUUUAUGGCAGACAUUUUCUCUGCCACAAUAUUAAUCUACACAAUUCAUAUGACAGUUUUCGAACAUUUUAUGUCAAUAAAUACACUGAUCAUCAUGCUUUUGACCUCGCAUCAUAG